AGGUGGCGGCGGCGGCGGCGGCGUUAGAGCCAUGGGCGCUGACGCGCGGUCUUCGGGGGUCUGCGCUGGCGGCGGCCGGGGCGCGGCGGGGCCCCGGACGAGCUCCUGGGCGCUGUGGCCAUCGAUCCAGCUUCUCUCCUUUCUCUUUUUGUUGUUGCUGGCGACGCCCAGCGCUUGGGCCGCGGGAUACCAGACAUGCCCCAAGGUGGAGCCGGACAUGCUGAACGUGCACCUGGUGGCCCACACACAUGAUGAUGUGGGCUGGCUCAAGACGGUGGACCAGUACUUCUACGGCAUCCAGAAUGAUGUCCAGCACGCGGGCGUGCAGUACAUCCUAGACUCGGUCAUCUCUUCCCUGCUGGCGGAGCCCACCCGCCGCUUCAUCUAUGUGGAAAUCACUUUCUUUUCUCGUUGGUGGCGACAGCAGACAAAUGCAACGCAGGAAAUCGUGCGGGACCUGGUGCGCCAGGGACGCCUAGAGUUUGCCAAUGGUGGCUGGGUGAUGAACGAUGAGGCGGCCACCCACUACGGAGCCAUCAUCGACCAGAUGACACUCGGGCUGCGCUUCCUGGAGGACACGUUUGGCAGCGACGGGCGCCCCCGUGUGGCCUGGCACAUCGACCCCUUCGGCCACUCUAGGGAGCAGGCCUCGCUGUUCGCGCAGAUGGGUUUUGACGGCUUCUUCUUCGGACGCCUGGAUUAUCAAGACAAGAGCGCGAGGAAGGAGAAGAUGGAAAUGGAGCAGGUGUGGCGGGCCAGCGCCAGCCUGAAGCCCCCCACCGCGGACCUCUUCAUCAGUGUGCUCCCCAACAUUUACAACCCACCGGAUGGUCUGUGCUGGGACACGCUGUGUGCCGACAGGCCCUUUGUGGAGGACCCACUCAGCCCUGAGUACAACGCCAAGGACCUGGUCCAUUACUUCCUGAAGUUGGCCACUGCCCAGGGCCAGCAAUACCGCACCAACCACACUGUGAUGACCAUGGGCUCAGACUUCCAAUAUGAGAAUGCCAACAUGUGGUUCAAGAACCUUGACAAGCUCAUCCAGCUGGUCAACGCCCAGCAACAGGCCAAUGGGAGCCGCGUCAAUGUUCUCUACUCCACUCCGGCCUGUUAUCUCUGGCAGCUGAACAAGGCCAACCUCACCUGGUCGCUGAAAGAGGAUGACUUCUUCCCCUACGCCGACGGCCCCCACAUGUUCUGGACCGGUUACUUUUCCAGCCGGCCUGCCCUCAAACGCUAUGAGCGCCUAAGCUACAACUUCCUGCAGGUGUGCAACCAGCUGGAGGCGCUGGUGGGUCCGGCAGCCAACGUGGGACCCUAUGGUUCCGGAGACAGUGCACCCCUCAAUGAGGCGAUGGCCGUGCUCCAGCACCACGAUGCGGUCAGCGGCACCUCCCGCCAGCACGUGGCCAAUGACUACGCUCGCCAACUUGCAGAAGGCUGGGGGCCCUGCGAGGUUCUCCUGAGCAAUGCGCUGGCGCGGCUCAGUGGCUCCAAGGAGGACUUCAUGUUCUGUCGCAAGCUCAACAUCAGCGUUUGUCCGCUCACCCAGACCUCGGAGAGCUUCCAGGUGACCAUUUAUAACCCCUUGGGGCGGAAAGUGGAUUGGAUGGUGCGGCUGCCUGUCAGCAAACACGUUUUCCUCGUGAAGGACCCCAGUGGCACAGUUGUGCCCAGUGAUGUGGUGAUGAUUCCCAGCUCAGACAGUCAGGAUCUGCUUUUCUCAGCCUCAGUGCCUGCCUUGGGCUUCAGCAUCUACUCAGUAACCCAGGUGCCUGGCCAAAGCCCCCAGGCCCACAGCCACCAUCCCAGAUCCCAGAAGCCCUGGUCUCGUGUCUUGGUCAUCCAGAAUGAGUACAUCCGGGCUAGGUUUGACCCUGACUCAGGGCUCUUGAUGGAGUUGGAGAACCUAGACCAGAACCUCCGGCUGCCUGUUCGCCAAGCCUUCUACUGGUACAACGCCAGUACAGGCAACAGUCUAAGCUCCCAGGUCUCAGGUGCCUACAUCUUCAGACCCAACCGACAGGAACCACUGCUUGUGAGCCACUGGGCUCAAACCCACCUUGUGAAGACAGCCUUGGUGCAGGAAGUGCACCAGAACUUCUCAGCCUGGUGUUCCCAGGUGGUUCGCCUGUACCCGGGACAGCGGCACCUGGAGCUGGAGUGGACGGUGGGGCCAAUACCUGUGGGUGAUGGCUGGGGGAAGGAGGUCAUCAGUCGCUUUGACACUGUGCUGGAGACAGACGGACUCUUCUACACUGACAGCAAUGGCCGGGAGAUCCUGGAGAGGAGGCGGGAUUAUCGACUCACCUGGAAGCUGAACCAGACUGAGCCAGUGGCAGGAAACUACUAUCCAGUUAACAGUCGCAUUUACAUCACGGAUGGGAACGUGCAGCUGACUGUGUUGACUGACCGCUCCCAGGGGGGCAGCAGCCUGAGUGACGGCUCCUUAGAGCUCAUGGUGCACAGAAGGCUGCUGAGAGACGAUGCCCGCGGAGUAGGGGAGCCGUUGCUGGAGGAGGGGUCGGGGCUUUGGGUGCGAGGGCGCCACCUCGUGCUGCUGGACAAGGCCCGGACCGCGGCCGCCGGGCACCGGUUGCAGGCGGAGAAGGAGGUCCUGGCCCCGCAGGUGGUGCUGGCCCGAGGUGGCGGCGCCCCCUACCGCCUCGAGGUCGCCCCUCGCACGCAGUUUUCGGGGUUGCGUCGAGAGCUGCCGCCUUCCGUGCAUCUACUAACACUGGCCCGCUGGGGCCCGGAGACGCUGCUGCUGCGCUUAGAGCACCAGUUCGCCGUAGGGGAGGACUCGGGCCGCAACCUGAGCUCUCCGGUGACCUUGGACUUGACGGCCCCACACCCCAUCCUUCUCCUUCCCGGCUGGUCUCCACCACCAUCACGCUACAGCCCAUGGAAAUCCGCACCUUCUUGGCCUCAGUCCAAUGGGAAGAGGACGGCUAGACCCGGUGGAGGCAAGAUUACCCCAGAGCCUGAGCCCACUCCUCCAGGGGUGGGGCAAACUCUCCCCCUUCUCCUCUUGCUGCUGCUGCUACCACCAAGGAAAGCCAUUAAAAUGCCACUACCAAGAAUAGACUCAGGUCCAGGUGUAACUGAGUGUGGGUUUUUUUUUUUUUUUUUGAAGGCAGUGGAAUUUAUGACCCAGAAAGGUCAGCAAACCCUAACUGACCCUUGACCCGAGGCCUUGCAGGAAGACCACUUGCUGAUUUGAAUCGUCUCACCAGAGUCUACACGGUUCACACCCCACCUCACCUACCACUCUGUCCUCCACUCCUGCUUCACUCCUCCGUCCACUAGGGCUGUGACAUAGCUGGGUUUUUUUUGUUCUGUUUUGUUUUUUGCCAUGCCCUGCGGCUUGUGAGAUCUUAGUUCCCAGACCAGGGAUUGAACCCGGGGCCACGGUAGUGAAAGCGCCAAGUUCUAACCACUGGACCGCCAGGGAAGUCCCUGACACAGCUGUUUUGAGAAGCCACUAAGGGCAGGCUUGUGCUGGCUUGUCCUGGGCCCUGAAAGCCAGACAUACCCCGGGGCCUCCCAGACUCUACCUUGAGGCCCUGAAGGUGGGGAAUCUGGGAGGUCUUGGGGUGGAGGAAGACUUAGAGGCAGGCCCCAAAGUGGGGCCUUGGACAGGUGGGCUGGAGCUUUGGGCCUCCCAGGAGACAGGUAGAGAGCCUGGCAUACCCUGGUUCUGGUGUGUUGUGGAGUCUGUUACAGAGAGAGGAGACCUUGGGAUGAAACCUGAGGUUUAGAGUUGAAAGGAAGUGACUUGCCCUCCAGUCGAUACAGUCUUGUGUGGUUCCCUUGAAGGUGUCUGGAGGCUGAGAGGGCAUGUCAAGCCCACCUGUAGCCCAUGUAGAGAACAGUGUUUGGAUGCUCGGGCCCCUGAUUCUCAGAUGUGCCUCCAGAAAAUAUUUCUUCAUCCCCCUUGGUGGGGGAACAGGCCUCUCAUUGUCCGGUCAUCCAUGUGCCUUCUGAAAAUGUAUCCAAAUCCAGGGCAUUAUCCAAGGAGACCCAUGGAGGUUGCCCUGGGUCCUCCCUCAGUUGUGCAUGGAGCCCAAUCACUGAUGCAUCCUGUAAACCUCUCUAAGGUGUCCUUGGUAGUGGGCACAGGCACAGCCUAGCCAGAAAGACUCAGGGUGGGUGCCUGAGCCAGCCUGUGGUUCUGCACAGGUCCUGGUAUCGGACCCAUGGCACGUGGUGGUGCCUCCUGAAAACCCACCCACAUCUCCAUUCAAAGAGGCAAUGACCUGGGCUGGACCUACUGGCCCAUUGUGUGUGCCACGGGCUCAGGUGCUAUCACUCUUUGGUCAUGGUCAUUGAGAGCCCCUCCUGAAAAGUUUAUGUGACCUUUUGUGGAGGGGAGGACUGAUCUGGGCCAGACAUGGAGGCCUGAGGGCAUGGCAACCCACUUACUAUCCAGUGUGGGUCCCUGUUAGCAGAAACAUGCCCCUAAUACAUUUCUUAAGUCCUGAUCCAGUGUGGACAGGCUCCAGGAUAGUCAGGGAGUUCUGUGUGGGGACCUCAGCAUGCCAGUGGUCUUGUGUGGCAUGACUAAAAACAUUUCUAGUCCCCUCUGGUGGUAUAGACAGGACUGGAUGGACCAGUGUGUCCUGAGGAGUGUGACCGUGACCUGGCUGUCAUCCUGUUGUGCCCUGAUCAUUGCAUUCUUCCGUCCUGAGCAGAGGCACAGGCCUAGGCUGGCAGAGAGGCUGGGUCAGGGCACACAGGCCCAUGGUAGUCCUGCUUGGGUGCCAACUUUUAAGAUCGCCUUCUGAAAAGAUCUCUACGUCCUCCUCACUAGGCUAGGGCCAACCCAGGCUGAGUAGGAAUGCCCAUGGCCUGUCUGGGGCCUGGAUUGAGGAUGUGCCUGGGCCAACCAGGGAGGGUGCCCCAGGUCCACCCAAUGACCCACUUAAGGCCUGGUCACUGGAGACAAUCCCCAAAAACAUAAGUCCCCUUUAGAAUACUGGGCCAGCUGUGCCAGCCAUGGAGGCCGAGGGGAGCGGCUAGAGGCCUGCUAUAUGGUCCUGAUUAAGGGUCCCAUUUUCAGAGGUUCCCCCUUUGUUGGUGGGAACUAGUCGGAACCAGGAAGUCAGCCAAAGGGGCAGGUACCCAGACAUGACUGUGGUCAUGUGUUGGCAUUGUGCCUCUCAAGAGUUUCCAAGUCCCCCUCUGGAUGAGGGCCACUGGCCUGGGCUUAGAGGGCUCCCCACUUCUACCUGCAGACACCUGUGUGGUCCAGUUGAUGGAUGUGCUCCUCCCCCGCUUCAUUUUUCUAAAUGUGUCUUUGGAGGAGACAACUGGUCCUAGCCAUCCAGGGAGGCUCCAGGGAGGAUGUAGUCUAGCCAUAGUCACAGGUGGGCCCUCUUCAUCACAUAUGCUUCUGGAAAAUGUUUCCAACUCCUCCUCUGCAGAGAGGCAGCGACCAGGAGGGCUAAGGACCACCUCCGAGGUUGUCCAGGGCUUGGGGGAAGUCCCACGUGGGGAUGGGUCACCAGAUGUGCUUCCCCCAAAUAUUUUUAAGCCCUCUUGGGAGGGGGAGACUGAACUGAGAUGGCCCUGGAGGCUCGUGGAGAAGGCUGAGUCACAGCCCCCAGCCCCGUGACAGUCCCCAGUCCUGCCACAGUCCCACGUGGGGCCGGGUCAUUGGGGGUGCCUCCUAAAAAAUGACUAAGUCCCCCUUUGGAGGCUGAGAUCAGCCCCGGUCGUCCAGGGAGUUCCGUGGAUGGUGUCCCGGGCCCACCAGGCCAGUCCCGGAUGCUGAGCCUAGGUACACUUUUCGAGUGAGACCCAGGAGUGGUGGUGUCCAGGGGUCCAGGUCCGUCUCCAGGUCGCGCUGGUUGUCGGGCGCCACCUGGUGGCCUUUUUAAAAAUAUAGUCCCGGGAGCUCCACUGAAGUGGGAUCCGACUGCCGAGCCCAAGGGCGAGUUCCAUAAGGCCGGCAGCGCUGUCUUCUGGGAUGCGACACUCUCUGCCUCCGAACACGGGCUCCUCUGAGGUUGUCUCUGCUGUAUAAAGGAGAGGGGCAUCUGGGAACUGCAUGGACAGGGUGACUGGCGCACGGAAGUCCCCUCCACCAGCGAGGACUGACUUGAGGCGUUGCAGGUGACCGGGGUAGGGCGCCCAGGACUCGGCUGCAUUCCCACCUGGUGCCCGCUUGUCUGGAGUGCCUCCUGAGGAUUUUUCUAGGUCCCCCUCUUGGGGCCAGGAUCGCGCGGUGCACUGUUGCAUGAUGUGCGUCCAGAAAAUUUUCCCUUCUGAAGAGGGGACAGGGAGGCCGAGAGAGGGCACCCAAUGUCCAACUGCAGUUACACUGGGGCCUGUUCUUGGACACUCCCCCCGCCCCCGAACCUUUGCAAGCCUCCCUCCAGUGGCAGGGACCAUCCCAGGCCAACCAGUGGGGUGCAGAGGUAGGUACCAUGGACAGGGUCCUCAGGAGAUGCUUGGUCAUCUGAAGUAGCUGCUGGAAUGGUUCCAGUUCUGCCUGGGGUGAGGGUGUGGCACUGGCCCUGGCAGGUGAAGGAGGUUCCAGUUAGAUGCCCUGGGGGCUUCAUUCCCAUGUGUGCCUUCCAAAAAAUGUCUUUUUUUUUUUCUUUUUUAUUGGGGUAUAGUUGCUUUACAAUGUUGUGUUAGUUUCUGCUGUAUAACGAAGUGAGUCAGCUAUAUGUCUACAUAUAUCCCCUCUUUUUUGGACUUCCUUCCCAUUUAGGUCACUACAGAGCAUUAAGUAGAGUCCCCUGUGCUAUACAGCAGGUUCUCAUUAGUUAUCUAUUUUAUACAUUAGUGUAUAUAUGUCAAUCCCAAUCUCCAAAAAGUUUCUGUCUUCCUCAGAUGGCUGAAUCCUUAGUGGGCUGCAAGGGAGGCCUGAGGAGGUUGCUCUUGGAGUCAGCUGUCCUCAGCGGGACCCAGUCACCACCUGUACCUCCUGAAAAUGUUUCCUGAGGGGAGGAAGGGCCCCAGGUCAGGUCCCUAUGCCAGGAGAACUACAGUCACAUGUGGGUCCUGUUCGCUGAAUCCACCACCUGAAACAUUUUCUAAGUCUCUCUGUAGUAACCAGUCAGCCAGCCAGAGAGGCCCUCCAGCUGCUGUGGGAGGAUGCCCGGGUCCUGUCCACAGCCCAGAUCAGGCCUGGUACUUGGAGGUGUCCCCCAAAACAUUUCUAAGUUCCCUCACCCAGGCUGUGACCAGCCCUGGCUGGACCUGGAGGCUGGAGAGAGCAUCCCUGUCUUGGUCGUGGGCUCACAUAGCCCCAGUUGUCAUAUUCAUCCCUUGAAAAUGUUUCCAAGUUCCCCUCCAGAAGGGGUCACCAGUGUGGGCUGGUGAGGGACACCUGAAGAGCAUGCCUGGGCCUGGGUGUAGUCACAUAUGGGGCCUUGACAAACACGCCUUACCAAAUUUUUAUUUUAUUUUAUUAAUUUUCAUUGGAGUAUAGUUGAUUUACAAUGCUGUGUUAGUUUCAGGUGUUCAGGCUUCUCACUGCGGUGGCUUCUUGUUGCAGAGCACGAGCUCUAGGUGCAUGGGCUUCAGUAGUUGUGGCAUGCAGCCUCAGUAGUUGUGGCUCACGGGCUUAGUUGUUCCACAGCAUGUGGGAUCUUCCCAGACCAGGGACGGAACCCAUGUCCCCUGCAUUGGCAGGCGGAUUCUUAACCACUGUGCCACCAGUCCCUGGUUUGCUAAUUUUUUUGAGGAUUUUUUUUUUUUUUUUUUUUAAUUUUUAAUUUUUAUUUUAUUUAUUUAUGGCUAUGUUGGGUCUUCAUUUCUGUGCGAGGGCUUUCUCGAGUUGUGGCAAGCGGGGGCCACCCUUCAUCACGGUGCGCGGGCCUCUCACUAUCGCGGCCUCUCUUGUUGCGGAGCACAGGCUCCAGACGCGCAGGCUCAGUAAUUGUGGCUCACGGGCCUAGUUGCUCCGCGGCAUGUGGGAUCUUCCCAGACCAGGGCUCGAACCCGUGUCCCCUGCAUUGGCAGGCAGAUUCUCAACCACUGCGCCACCAGGGAAGCCCCUUGAGGAUUUUUGAAUCAAUAUUCAUCAGAGAUCUUGGUCUGUAGUUUUCUUUUCUUGUGGUGUCUUUAUCUGACUUUGGAAUCUGGGCAAUGCUGGCCUCAGUGAAUAAGUUAGGAAGUAUUCUCUCCUCUUAAAUUUUUCUUUGAAGAAUUUGAGAAGUAUUGGUGUUAAUUCUUCUUUAAAUGUUUGCUAAAAUUUACCAGUCACACCAUCUGGUCCUGGUCUUUUCUAU